AUGCCGAGAGAAGAAGUAUGAUUACUACAGCCUGCCAAAAACUUCCGUUGUGAUAGCUUUCUAUAAUGAGGCUUGGUCAACACUUCUGCGAACUGUUCAUAGUGUUCUUGAGACAUCUCCAGAUAUACUUUUGGAAGAACUUAUCCUUGUAGAUGAUUACAGUGACAAAGAACAUUUAAAGGAGACUUUGGAAAACUACGUGGCAGGCUUACGCAAGGUGCGUCUUAUCCGCGCAAAUAAGCGAGAGGGGCUGGUUCGAGCCCGGCUGCUGGGGGCGUCUGUGGCGAAAGGAGACAUCCUGACCUUCCUGGACUGCCACUGCGAGUGCCACGAGGGCUGGCUGGAGCCGCUGCUGGCGAGGAUUGCGGAAGAAGAAUCAGCUGUUGUCUGCCCUGUUAUUGAUGUUAUUGACUGGAACACAUUUGAGUACUUGGGAAAUUCUGGUGAGCCACAGAUUGGAGGAUUUGACUGGAGGCUGGUCUUCACUUGGCAUAGUACCCCUGAAAGAGAACAAAAACGGAGGAAAUCCAAGACCGACGUGAUCAGGUCUCCGACCAUGGCAGGUGGAUUGUUUUCUGUGAGCAAGAAGUAUUUUGAUUAUCUUGGUUCAUAUGACACUGGAAUGGAAGUCUGGGGAGGAGAAAACCUUGAAUUCUCAUUUAGGAUAUGGCAGUGCGGAGGAAGUCUUGAGAUCCACCCAUGCUCACAUGUCGGUCACGUUUUCCCCAAACAAGCCCCGUACUCACGGUCCAAAGCUUUGGCAAACAGUGUGCGUGCAGCAGAAGUGUGGAUGGAUGAAUAUAAAGAACUUUAUUACCACCGAAACCCACAUGCUCGCCUG